AUGGACUUCAUGCUAAUAAUAAUUUGGAUAUCAAUUUUCCUAGGAUGGCUUGUGUACAGGAAGUUUAGAAAAGCUUUUGAUGAGUAUGAUAGCUUAGGUAUGCGAUAUGAAGGUGCUUAUGAAAGCUACAAAGGUUUUGUCAACAUUUUUCUGAUGAGAGAAAAUUUCUUGUAUGCCAUAAUGGACCAAUAUGAUCGAUUUAAAGGGCAGCCUAUCAUUCCAGUAUUCAGCCUCUCACAGAGAUCAUUUCUAGUACGGGAUCCUGAAAUUGUCAAAAAAAUCACAAUUAAAGACUUUGACGUGUUCGUCAAUCAUGACAAGAAUUUUAAUGAGGACAUGGACACAAUGCAAGGCAACAUCCUGUUUUCAUUGACUGACGAUAAAUGGAGGAACAUGAGGAACAUCUUAAGUCCAAUAUUCACAAGCAGCAAAAUGAAGAUGAUGUUUGGGAUUCUUUCAGACUGUACGAAUGACUUUAUCGAGCAUAACGAAGAGGAAAUGAGAAAGUCAGGAAAAGUCAUUAUGAACUGCAAAGAAUCAUUCUCGAGAUUCACAGUUGAUGGGAUCUGCUCAGCUGUUCUUGGAUUCAAAGGUGACUGUAUCAAGAAUGAAGACAGUGAACUUUAUAAAUUCACGAAAGGAAUCCAAAAGGUGGACACAAUGACAAUAAUCAAGAUUCUUUUGUUCAUGUUUGCUAGAAAACUUUACGUCCUAAUGAAGCUUCAAAUAACCAGAAAGGAAGUUUAUGACUUCUUCUACAAUGCAAUUGUCAAAGUGAUGAAGGAACGUGAACAGAAUGGAAUCUUUCGUCCCGAUGUCAUUCAGCUUCUCAUGCAAGCCAAAAAAGGUCAACUUGAGAUCCAGGACAAGGAACAUGAAGUCAACGAAGCUGAAUUGUCAAAUUUCUCAGCUAAUAUUGAGUAUGAUGUGAAGGCAAAGAACAAAAAGUUGACAAAUUGGACAGACGAGCAUUUUAUGGCUCAAGGAUUCAUCUUUUUUGCUGCUGGAUUCGACACAACCAACAUUUUGCUGCAAGUCACAACAUACUCAUUAGCUAAGAAUAAGGAUGUCCAGCAGAAACUAAUCGAUGAGGUUGAUGAAGUCGUUUCAGCUCUUGAUGGAAGUCAAGUCACAUAUGAAGCCCUCCAUAAGAUGAAGUACUUGGAUAUGGUCAUUUGUGAAGCUCUCAGAAUGUGGUCACCAGCAGGACUUACCAAUAGAGAAUGCAGCAAAGAUUAUGAUCUGAAAUUAAGUGAUGGAAAUACUUUAAAGUUAAGGAGCGGUGACAUUUUGAAUAUCCCAAUUUACUCGAUCCAUCAUGACCCAAAAUACUUUGAGGAUCCUGAAAAGUUUGAUCCUGAAAGGUUCAGUGAUGAGAGGAAGGGAUCAAUUGUUGACGGAUCUUAUAUUCCAUUUGGAUCUGGUCCUAGGGUCUGCAUCGGAUCCCGUUUUGCAUUAAUGGAAGCUAAGUUGCUGCUUUUUAACAUUUUGAGGAAAUUUACAUUCGAAGUUUGUGCCGAGACGCCUGAAAAGUUUGAUUUAAAGCCAAGCUUUGCCAAUUUUGACUUGAAACAGCCAGUUGUUGUGGAACUGAAGUCGAGAAAUUGA